UACAGUCGCAAGGGAGAAAAAAGCGACGAAAGACGACGAAUUGUGCUUGGACUCGCUGGGAAGCAAACGUGAGGAUGCUUCGCGGGACAAAUGCGACAAAUUUCGUUCCGACCCACUUCACCCGGCGAGGUUCUCAUGUCCCUUUGAAGGCCACAGGAGCGUCACGAACCCCAGGGUAUUCACCGGAAGAUCACAUCAUAUCUGAAGACUGCAGUAACCAGUGACUAGUAAGCUCGGGGCUGAUGGCUAUUUUCACUUGAUUCGAGGUUUAUCAGGUAAAUUCGUUUCACGGUGAGAGAUUCUCAACCAAUCUCCUCCAAUGGGAGUGUUCUGCCUCUCCUUGUUUGUCUUGUUAUCUUCUCUAUCCCUGGGUUUCGCUCAAAAAGUUGCAUAUUCUACACUCAUCGUGGAUGGUACCAAUACAGUAGCCCAAACUGAUGAUAAUUUCAUCUGCGCAACUCUUGACUGGUGGCCUCCCGACAAGUGUGACUAUAAUAUCUGUCCUUGGGGAUACACAUCUGUGAUAAAUCUGAAGUUAUCUCAUCCUGUUCUUGGGAAGGCAAUCCAAGCUUUUAAGAGUUUGAGGAUAAGGAUUGGCGGCUCUUUGCAAGAUCAAGUUGUGUACGAUAUCGGAAAGUCGAAGUACCCAUGCCAUCCAUUUAGAAAAGAGAAAGGUGGCCUGUUUGGCUUCUCCACAGGAUGUCUACAUAUGGAAAGAUGGGACGAAUUGAGCCUUUUGUUCAUCAGAACAGGGGCCCUUGUGACUUUUGGCCUGAAUGCAUUAUAUGGACGGCACCAGAUCAAGAAGGAUGUCUGGGGAGGAGAUUGGGACUUCAGUAAUGCAUAUGAGCUCAUAAAGUACACAGUUGCGAAGAAAUACCCAAUAGAUGCUUGGGAAUUCGGUAAUGAGCUUAGUGGAAGUGGGAUCGGAGCAAGUGUUGGGGUUGAACAAUAUGGAAAAGACUUAGUAUCCCUCAAAGCCAUUAUCAAUGAAUUGUACAAGAAUGCUCGUUCAAAACCUUCCCUUGUAGCACCAGGGGGGUUCUUUGAUCAGGAUUGGUACAAGAAGCUUCUGCAGGUUUCGGGUUCUGGCGUGAUCAAUGCCAUGACCCAUCAUAUUUACAAUCUGGGACCAGGUUCCGAUCCCAAUCUUGUGAGUAAGAUUCUGGAUCCUAAUUACUUGAGUCGGAUGUCCAAAACAUUCAGCAAUCUUAUACAAACUAUUCAAGAAAACGGUCCUUGGGCCUCUCCGUGGGUCGGUGAAUCUGGUGGGGCUUACAACAGUGGUGGUCAGCAUGUUUCAGACACAUUCGUAAAUAGUUUUUGGUACUUAGAUCAGCUUGGCAUGGCGUCCAAGUAUAGCACCAAAGUAUACUGCCGGCAGACUUUGAUUGGAGGAAACUAUGGACUCCUCAACACGUCAACGUUCGAGCCCAACCCUGAUUAUUACAGUGCACUCUUAUGGCAUCGGCUCAUGGGGAAGGGCGUUCUUGCCAUUGACAGUGAUGCAUCCUCAUUUUUACGCUACUAUGCUCACUGUGCAAAAGGGAGGGAAGGCAUUACCCUACUCCUGAUCAAUUUCAGCAACAUGACUUCCUUUACAAUCAGUGUACGGAAUAGCAAAAACUACAGAUUGCAUAUUGAACAACCGAUUAACAGAGAGAGCAUCUUCAUUCGCCGGUUGAAGAGAGCAGCAUCAUUUGUUGGGUCGGGAUCAUUGCAUGGACAGUUGAUCAGAGAAGAGUACCAUUUGACUCCAAAGGAUGGAGUCCUUCAAAGCAAAAUCAUGUUGCUAAAUGGAACUCCAUUGGAGCUGACAAAAGAUGGGGAAAUCCCAGAUUUGAAGCCCGAUCGUGUCGAUGUAGAUACACCGUUAACCAUAGCUCCUUUGUCUAUAAAGUUCGUAGUUUUCCCCAAUUUCGAUGCUCCAGCUUGUGUUUAAUUUGUUCUUCUGAAUACUGAAUAUGGCAUAGACGUAUUAUGUGCCGUAAUUCCGAAAAGUAUGGAUUGGUGGUUUACA